UGCAACCGCGGGUUCUCGAGGCUGUACAAUAUGCGGACACACCAGCAGACGCACGAACCGCGGUCAGAAAAGGCUCGUCCGUUCAACUGCGCCCAUUGUCAAAGGACUUUUACCAGAAAGCACGAUAUGACCCGCCACCAGGUCCUGCAUGAUGACUCGGAUGGGUUUAAGUGCAAGAACUGCAACCGCGGGUUUGCUCGUAUGGAUGUGCUGGAGCGCCAU